ACAGCAGUAACAACUUCAACUGGAUUGCAUUAUCACCCUACAUUACAGAAUCUAAGGAAUCAUGGACAUAUUAGAGCCAAAUCCAAGAUAUAAAAAAUCUUCUCUGGCAACCGUAAGAGGAACUAUAUCAAAACUUCUGCCCUUCUUCAUGAGUUGCUCUGUUUACUUUGUACUAUGGAUUCCUCUCUCUGAGCCCAGCCUGUACAGUGCUCUUAUCAAGUGCUUACCGAUCAUCAGCCUGGAGUUCUUUAUUGUGGUCCAUUCCCUUGGUGGAGGAACGUUCAACUCUUAUGCUCGAAAAAUUUUAUUGGGCCUCAUCUUUUCAGCCCUCGGUGAUCUGUGCUUGAUUUGGCAAGACUACUUCCUCUAUGGCAUGGUAAUGUUUGGAUUGGCCCAUCUGAUGUACACAAUUGCCUUCGGCCUACGUCCACUAAACGUCCGCGUCUUUAUUGUUUUUGCUAUAUUUAGUGUCACAUUUUACUCUGUUAUUUUUCCGUACUUACAUGGACCUUUCGUUUAUAUGGUGGCUGGAUACAUAUCACUAAUAGGCACUAUGGCAUGGAGAGCCAUGGCUAGAGUCAGCCUGGCAUCUCACAACUUCUCCUGGGCAUACUUGUCAGCUGCACUUGGCUCUUUAGUUUUUAUGGUGUCUGAUGGUGUCUUGGCCGUUGAUAAAUUUUGUUUUCCCAUCUCAAACUCCCGCACUAUUAUAAUGGUGACUUACUAUGGUGCUCAGGCAUUAAUAGCAUUAUCUAUCACUGGAAACUCUCAGGAUGAUUUUAUGUGGAAGAGUAGAUAACAAAAAAUAUAUACAUUUAAAUUCAGGUAUACAGCGGACAUUAACAUUAUUGUUUUUAAAUCACAUGCCAUGAACUCAGUGGAGUGCUCUAAAAGGACAUAAUUCAACGCUGCUACAAUGUGAACAAUUUGUUCCCCAAGCAUCUACUUUACAAGCAAUUCUAUAAACCAAAAUGUGUCUGAGAAGCUUCUACCAAAGACAAUGAAUCUGCUUGGAGUGUUCUGUAUGACAAAAAAAUAUUAAUCAAGUCUGUAUUAAUAGAAAAUGUACAUUUGCACUAGAAGGCCUGAAUUUCAGUUAGUGGCAAUAGGCGAGGUAACAAAAUGGAAGUCAAAUACUUUAAGAUUGCUGGAGAUUUUACUGCUACACAUACAU